CUAAUGCUACGGCUACAACCGUGCUGCAGCGCCGCGCACAUGUAUGUAGUAGCCGCUGCUACCUGCAGCAGGUGCUUGUUAGUCGCGCGACUAACGGUAUGCCGCGGCUGCUACGAAUCGUGCUGUACGAGGCGUCUACUGCUGCUGCUAGAGCUGCUGGUGGUGGAAACGACUACCCUCAUGGAACCAGCGCCGAGAUCCAGUCGCUGCUGCCAUUGCGGCUGCGCCUAAUUUUCCUAGCGCCCCUGUUCUCCUACUACCGUUGUGCAAGAGAUUUUUACUUCCUGUGCUUCGAUCUCUACAAGCAGGCCUGCAUUACCCUUGCACGCGGCGCCGCCGCCUUCCUGCACGAAAAGUUAUGUAUCCCUACGUACUUGUGCUGGUACAUUGUCUCGCCAGUGCAGCAGAACGGAUCUCGGAAAAAUACGGAAGGAAAGGGGGCUGCUGAUCCGUCAAGCCGCGACAUUGGUAGGGGCCACGGAAGCGUCGAUGUCUCCUACGUCGCCAAAACUUUUCUCGAUGGCGUCAACGCCGCUGCGAGCCGCGCUGUACACAUUCGCAGCACAGACAACAUCACAGAACCUCCAACGGAUGGAACACUGACACGCAGCGUCCACUUCGUCGAUCAUCGGCCGGUCAUAGACCCGCAUAAAAUAGAAUGUGGAAGGUCCAUAAGCAGCGGCUUUCGUACUAUUCUGCUGCAGCUUGUGUCACUUGCCAGCGUCGCAAACGUGAAUGAGUGA